AAUUUAUUUCACUUUGAAGGAGAGGGAGCAGAGCUUUGGAUCUCAUGUUGCAUGUUUACUCAUGCUUUCUUGAUAUUAACCUAUCUUUUUGAUGUGUUAACUUUUUUGUAUCAUCUGAUUGUGACUAGUGAAUAAUAUUAGAUUAACUAAUUAAACAAAAUGAUUCUCUCUAGAAUACAAAUCCUCAAAUUGAGGAAAAUAAGCAACAUCAAAUGUUACAGGCAAUAUUCUACAAGAAAAUAUCUGCAAGAAAAUAUGAGAAACAUUCGAAACAUUGGUAUUAUGGCACAUAUUGAUGCAGGCAAAACUACAACAACAGAAAGGAUGUUAUAUUUCUCUGGAUUAAUCAAACAAAUGGGAGAAGUUCAUCAUGGCAAUACAGUCACAGACUACAUGGAACAAGAAAGGAAUCGAGGGAUAACUAUAAAAUCAGCUGCUGUAACAUUCCCAUGGAAAAAGCAUCAUUUUAAUUUAAUUGAUACACCUGGGCAUAUUGAUUUUACUAUGGAGGUUGAGCAAGCAUUAAAUGUAAUGGAUGGGGCUAUAUUAAUUCUAGAUGGUUCAGCAGGAGUUGAAGCACAAACAUUAACAGUGUGGAGACAAGCGCAAAAGUACAACAUCCCCAGCAUUGCAUUUGUAAAUAAAAUGGACAGGGCAGAUGCUAAUUAUAAAAUGUCCUGUGAUUCAAUUAGUGAAAAGUUGGAUAUUCAAGCUUUACCACUACAAAUACCCUACAAACAAUCUGGAAAGUUAUUAGGUGUGAUUGAUGUAUUAACCCAAGAAAAAAUAAUGUACAGUGAUGAUAAGGACAAUUCACUUACAAAAUCAAAUAUUACUCAUGAAGAUGGUGCAAUUCUUAAUGAAAUAAAUAUUGCACGUUCGAAAUUAAUCGAUAUUGUGUCUGAACAUGAUGAUUGUUUGGCAAAUAUUAUUAUUGAGAAAGAAACUAUUGAUGAUAUCAAGACUAGUGAUAUUGUUCCAGCCAUUGCACGAGCUAUGACUUCACAGAAAUUAAUUCCAGUUUUGUGCGGCAGCGCAUAUAAAAACAUAGGAGUUCAACCAUUGAUGGAUUCUGUAAUUCUUUAUCUUCCAUCACCAGAAAAACAAUCAAAGAAGUUCGACGCAUUCAAAGAUAACUUAGCAGCAAGGGCAUUUAAAGUAUUACAUGAUAAACAAAAAGGUCCCCUUGUUUUCCUACGUAUUUACAACGGAGUGUUGAAUAGAGGGCAGAAAUUGUUCAACAUGGAUAAGAAUUCGUCUGAACAGACUACUAAGUUAUUAAUGGCACAUGCGAAUGAUUUUGAUGAAGUUGAAACAGUUGGUUGUGGAAAUAUUGCAGUUGUUACUGGAUUAAAGCAAACAAUUGCAGGCGACUUCAUCACAAAUUCCGUGGGAAGCGCUCAACAAGCUAGAGGAAAACAAGGUGUUGAUGAGUUAUUAAAAGUUUCAAGAGUGACUGUACCCGAUGCAGUGUUUUUCUGUUCGAUUGAACCACCGAGUUUGACGUUUCAAGCACCGUUGGAUCAAGCACUGCUGGAACUUCAGCGGGAGGAUCCAAGUAUAAGGGUGACACACGCUGAGGAUACCGGACAAACUGUGCUAGCGGGAAUGGGUGAACUCCAUCUUGAAAUAAUCAAAGAUCGCAUACUUAAAGAGUAUAAAAUCGACGCAGAUUUAGGUCCAUUACAAAUUUCCUAUCGGGAAGCAGCACUUUCAUCAGUGCGCGAAGAUUUUGUUUACGACAAAAUUGGUAGCAGUAAGCAAACCGUGAAUAUAAGCAUUUCAUUAGUGCCUACGAAUGGCGAGGUGAAAGAUAUACUUAAGUUUGAUAAAUCCCCGGAUGCCGCUAGUAACUUAGCGAAUUUAUAUCCGAAGCAUUUGAAUGCAAUUCGGCAAGGUGUUGAGAUUGGUUUAGCGCAUGGAGCUAAAGUGGGCGCUCCAAUUAUAGGCGUGCAAUUGAUUCUGCAUCAUUUUUCCAUUGGACGCGGGACAACUGAAUCUGUGAUAUCAGCUACUACCACACAGUGCAUUAGAAAGUUGCUUGAAAAGUCCGGGACCGCAAUAAUGGAACCAAUAAUGAACCUGGAAGUCAUACUGCCUGAAGAACACUUGUCCGCUGUAAUGGCCGACUUAAGUCGGAAACGUGCCACCAUUCAAAAUGUAACAGUCAAAGGUAAAAAUAAAAUGGUUGUCGCCGAAACACCUUUAUCUGAAUUGGUUGGCUAUUCUACUACAAUUCGAACACUAACUUCGGGUACCGGGGUGUUCAGCAUGCAGUUUCUGGAAUAUAAAGAUGUAGGUAUUCAUGAAGAUAAUGUUAUUGCAAGCGUACGCGGUUUUUAAAUAUGUAUAUAUUUAUUUAAAAUUUGACGUCAAUUGAAUACUUGUUACGCCUCGAUGGCAUCAUCAAUAACUUCCACGUACAAUUUUAAAUAAAUAUAACAAUGGAUUACAUAUUAUAACUACUGUUCGUUUAUAAACGCUUGGUAUAUUUUGUUGCGCACGCGCAACAACACCGCAACAAGAUAGCUAAUUUCAAAUGUCAAGACCGUUAUUUCUUAACCAAAAAAGUUUAGUGUAGUGUGAUAUGAAACAAAAUUACAAAUGAAGUUUUACGUUU